AUGAUAGAGUAUACUCCGACAUCUUCACCAUCUAUCAUUCGAUAUAUAGUGGCUUCCAUACUAUUAUUAUGGUAUAUCUUCAUAGUGAUUGCCGCAGCUAUCGGAUUCAUCACCAUCAUCACUAAGUUUAGAACCAAUCCAAAUCUUGCCAAGACCUAUAAAUCUGCAAGUGAAGAAGUAGAUGAACAAGAUGAUCAAUAUAAUGAUAAUCAAUAUGAAGGAGUAACCAUCAUACGACCCAUUAAAGGCAUUGAUCCUGAACUUGUAUCAUGUUUGGAAUCAUCCUUUCUUCAAAACUAUCCUCAUGAUAAAUUACAAAUCUUAUUUUGUGUAGAUGAUCCUCAGGAUUUAUCAAUCCCAUUAAUAUCAAAAUUAAUCUUAAAAUAUCCUCAAAUUGAUGGUCAAAUUUUAAUUAGUGAAGGGUAUGAUUCUCAAAUUGGUCAUUCUCAAGAUUAUUUCGGUCCAAAUCCCAAAGUUAAUAAUUUAUCAAAGGGAUUUAUUGCUAGUAAAUUUGAUAUUUUAUGGAUUAUGGAUUCCAAUGUUUGGGCAAGUGAAAAUAUUUUAAAAAAUUCCAUAAUUUCAUUAAAUCAUAAUUUAAAUAAUGGAGUUAAAGUAUCAUCCAGUCCAAGAUCAAUUAAAUUAGUUCAUCAUGUUCCAUUAGCUAUCAGUAUUAAUGGAAGUAACACUUCCGGAACUUCCGAAGAUGAAGAAUUUGUAUUAACCCCCGUAGAUUCACAAGAGACAUCAUCAUCAUCAUCAUCAAUAUCAACAUCAAUAAAUUCUCGAUUAAGUCCAUCCCCAUCAUCCCCAUCUCCUCCUCCAAGGAAACGGAAACGAUUCUUAAAGAAAUUCGGAGCAAAAUUAGAUGAAAUGUUUUUAUUAACUUCCCAUUCUAAAUUUUAUAUUAGUUUAAAUAAUUUAGCCAUUGCACCUUGUGUUAAUGGUAAAUCUAACAUUUAUCGAAAAUCGGAUCUUGAUUCAUCCGUGCAAAAUAUGUCAGAUCCAAAUAUCCCAUAUAGUCAUUUCUUUGGUAAUGAGAAAGUUAUAAAUGAUAGUAAAAUCCAUUCAUCGAUGGGAUUAGGUCAUUCCAUUCGAUUUUUCUCUCGAUAUAUUGGGGAAGAUAAUAUGAUUGGUAUAGCGAUAUGGGAGAAUUGUCUUGGAAAAACAGGAUUAUCAGGAGAUAUCGUCAUUCAACCCUUAAGUGGAGCUGAUAAUACGAUUAAUGAUUAUAUGAAACGAAGAAUUAGAUGGUUAAGAGUUCGGAAAUAUAUGGUAUUAAUGGCAACCUUAAUUGAACCCACUACUGAAUCUAUCAUAUGUGGAUUAUAUGGUACCUUUGCUAUAUCAACGCUUUGGUUUAAUCAAUGGUUUAAUGUUAAAUUAUUCAUGUUUCAUUUAAUAAUUUGGUGUGGAUGUGAUUAUUAUCAAUAUUAUACCUUUAUAAAUAAUAUCAAUCAUCAAAAGAAUUUACCUAAUUGGUUAAUUAACUUACCUCCCAAAUCGAGAACGGUAUUGAAUUGGUGGUAUAUUUGGGUAUUAAGAGAAUUGUUGGCAUUACCAAUUUGGUUUUUGGCUAUGAUUGGUCAUGAGAUUGAUUGGAGAGGUAAACCGUUUAUGAUUAAGAAGGAUUUGACGGCAGAGGAGUUAUGA